GGGGCGCGAACUUGCGUUAACGGGUCGGUCAUCACUGAGAGGACAGCCCUAAAACACGGCGACCGUAUACUGUGGGGCAAUAAUCACUUCUUUAGACUCAACUGUCCUAAGCUGACAGACAGUCAACAAACGGAUAGACCGAUGGGUUAUGAGUUCGCCAGAGAGGAACUAAUGAUGAAUGAGAUGGUGAACGACCCCAUCCAGGGAGCCAUGAAAGCGCUUGAAUUGCAGCACAAAAUGGAUAAAUACAAUGCACUCGAGGAACAGAAACAGAUGUAUGAGAAGCAGCUGAAAAAGUUGGCCAGUUUUCUGUCGCCCGGCGCUCCUUACGCCCCAUACAGUUAUAACAAUGUGUUCGACCCGUACGAGCAAAAUAGGUUCGACGGCUCCACACCCAACCCCAUGAGUGCUAAUGAAGUGGCCCUUAAGAUGGAAAGGGAUGAAGUGUUUAAGAAAAGUAUGAGUCGUUUACGCGAAGACAUAGUUAGGGCCAACACUCUGUCCUAUGAGGCGAAUCUGAUCGCCGAUGAGAUGCAAAAGUGCACCGAAUUUAAAGUGACUCUUCAGAUACCGGUCGCCAAUCUGAGUCCUAACACCAAGAGAGGGUCGUUUGUGUCUGCGCCGGCAUUUCUGGUCAAACGCAAGAACAAAGUGUCGCAGAUCUGGUCGAUGGAGAAGUUUGAGACAAAGUUGAUUGAAAUGCGAGAACUUUAUGAGGAAUGGAAGGAAAGGCAGUCGAAGACCGAUAGCACCGAUCAAUAUACCGAUGACUCGUCUCCUUUGAACGAUCCCUUCUAUGAGCUCCAGGAGAACCACCACUUGAUAGGCGUCGCCAAUGUAUUCCUCGAAGUGCUGACGCGGGACGUGAUGCUCGACUACAACGUCCCCAUUAUAUCACAACAGGGAGAGGUCGCCGGACGCCUACAUAUAGAGUUCGGUCGCGUUUCGGGUCAUAUCGGCGAACGAAUAGCCGACGCCUCGAUGGGGACGACGAGUCAGUGCGGCGGCGGUUAUGCCGACAGCGCCGACACCGACGUCCAGAAUGGCAACGAAAUCGUGGUUCGCGUGAACAUUAAGAGCGCGCGCGGACUCCCGAUAUCGCUCUCGAACUUUGUGUUCUGCCACUACUCCCUGUUUAGAUGCCAGGAGUCAACAAUCGUGACCUCGUAUGUGGACACUGAGGAUCACUCGAACCCUAUUCGUGGCACUACUGAAGAGACGGAGGAAUUUGUUUUCUAUUUUAAUCAUCAAAAAGAUAUUGCAAUCGAUUUAAGCGAAGAAUUUUUGGACCAUUGCACUGAAGGGGCGCUCUCUAUAGAGGUGUGGGGCCAUCGGGUGUCCGGAUUUAGUCCACCAAAGCCCGGGUGGGGUGUCGCCGACCCACAGCUCAAGACGUGCCGCUCGCUGGCCGACCGGUGGGCCGAACUGAAGCGUAAAAUUGAAUUAUGGGUUGAAAUACACGAAAUCAAUGAAUACGGGGAAUACAGUGCCGUCGAAGUGAAUAUUAGGGCUGAUAUCGAGUCGGGAGGUGUCUAUCAACUAAGGCAUGGCCAACACAGG